AUGGUCUCACCUAUUGAGUGUCCUCAGAUCCUGCCCUCCACCCAGAUCUACAUCCCUGCUGGAGUUAUGAGGCCGAUCACUCUGCUGGCCCAGAACCUGCCCCAGCCUCAGUCCGGACAGAGGAACUACGAGUGCAUCUUUCACAUCCAGGGCAACACACACAGCGUCCCAGCUCUGAGGUUCAACAGCUCCAGCAUACAGUGUCAGAAGACUUCAUACGACUACGAGGGCGGCGACAUCAGUGACCUGCCGGUUGACCUCUCGGUUGUUUGGAAUGGAAACUUUGUCAUCGACAACCCAUUCAACAUUCAAGUUUAA